UUGUUCUUUUCACAGGCGCGGGAUCGCUACGCCAUCAUUCUUGGUCGUCGGGUUAAAACGCUCGUCCCAAAUCUACACACUCUACUUCAUUCCACUCUACCUCACAACACAUCUGUUAGUGGUACAAAAAUAAUGCAUCUGGGUGAUACUCUGAGACCUGAACUUGUAGCUGCCCGACUAAUUACUAACGCGGGUUCGCUCCCUCGGCUAGCUACCAUGCCCACCUCACGCGUGCUGUCACUCGGAGCGUCAAAAUCCCUGUUCCGGAAAAGUGGAGCUGUGGCAGCUAAUUCCACCGGUCUAUUCGGCCAAAUUACCCGAGAUAACACAUCACUGGACACUGGCCAGAUCGCGGAUAAAGUCGGUAACGCUGCCGACGCCACUGCAUCCGUGAGCACAAAUAAAUCACUAGUCGCAGCCCAGUUGAAGUCUAUCAGCGCGAACCGAAUACAACCAGACACAAUUCGACGCAAGGCAGCCCGUCUGCUUGCAGCCAAAUCCUCGCUGGCCUGUAUAUUCUAUCCAAAAUUGUUCACGAAUUAUAUUAAACUUCAGGCACAACGGGACCGUAGAAAGAAGUAUCGUAAAACCAAGCACAAAGCAUGGCUUCUUCGCAAGUUGUCUCGUUCGGCCGGGGUUCAUACGAUUGGCACCAGUGGUACACACAUUCGCAUAACUGAGAAGAUGGAGACGGUUCAACCCCUGUCUAAACUUGUCGAUCGGCCGUUGACGGAUAACUCGUCAUCAUCUGAUUCCGAUAACGAUUUGCUGUCUGCGCAACUAAAUCAGCCAACAACAACAUCCCCGAUGGAUGAGGACGAAUGCGUAACAGAUGAGCAACCGAGAAAACGACGAAAAGUCGACCGAAACAGUAAAACCCCACCGGUGGGCAGAUGCGUUCCACGCUCGUCCACCGGCUCAGCCAGACGGUCGCUUCGCGUCAAACCCAAGCCGUCUAUCGGUGUGACUGGUUGA